AUGUCUCUAGCCGCUGUUAACCUCUGUGCAGGUGAGGGGAGCAUCUCCCAAAGACGAUCCGGCAUGCCGGACAACUCGACGGCCCGCGGCCAUCAGGCUGAACUCAAGCUCUCGGACAACGCCCCUCCCACAGAGCCUCUCACGUACAGUCGCAGCUUGGAGGAGGCUAACCCGGGUGACAGCCCCUUGCCCCCGCCAGCAGCUCUGCUCCGAGCCCUCCCAGAUUUCUCGGCUUGCAAACCCGAUGAGUGUGGGGGUUACUAUGACCACAGCGAUUUAGACGAUCAGCAAAAUAGCUCACUAGUGGACUGCCGUAAGUGUGGCAAUCUCGAGCCUCAGGCGUCCAUGCAUCGCCUGCCCUGCGGCCACCAACUCUGCAACACUUGCUUAUCCAUCACGGCCAUCAACGCGACCGCGCAGGCGCACUGCACGGAGCCUUGCGUCGCCUGGCGUAUCGGCGAGGUGGCAGGCGAGCUAGGACGGCUGAGACGUGAUCUUGUGCCUCGUGAUAUGACUCGGCUGCGGGUGUUUCAAGAGGCGCGCAUGGGGCGGUAUCGGCGGGAGCUGCUCGAGCUGCUGGGCCUGUCGUGCUGCGGGCUGGACAUGAAGCUGCUGGAGCGGUUCAUGCCGUGCCUGGAUGAGUGGGUUGCGCGGUCUCUUUGGGCGGCUACCUGGGAACUGUUCAGGGGUGCGGGCCAGGAAGGGACAAUGCGUUGUGGUUGGCAUGACUGCGGCGCGGCGGUGCCGAUUUGGUGCACCUUUGAGAUGGAGCAUGAAAGGCGGUGGCACUGUCCAGCUUGUGGCGGCAACUCGAUGAGGCACAGCCAAAGGCUUGGUCCGGCUCGGUAA